AUGUAUAAAACAUAUGCACGCAUCAGUAGUGGGGAAUCACAGUUUUUGCUUUGUUCACGAAGAACCAAUAUGGCUAGUAAUACGCAAGCUGGGUCGGUGAUUUUUACGGUUUGUGCCUUGACUUGUAAGUAGAUAUAUUUAUAUAGUACUCUAACAAUGUUCAGGGGGUAGACCGGGUAGUUAAAUGUAUAAGCCUGUCUUUAAUGAUUGUGGAUAUUCGAAAAUAUUCCUUUGGUUAAAAUUCCUAAAUAAUUUGCGAAACGAAUGUGAUAAUUGCCCUACAACAUAAUGAAACUCGAAAAUCAUGGCCAGUCAAUGCAUUUCCAAUAUCUCUUUUCCCAACACACCUGUAUAUGUAACUUAAUUCCUUUACCGUCUAUGUACAUUAAUUUUAUGUAUAAGAAUUUCUGAAUAAGAUACAACACCAUUUUCCCCUUUUAUAACACGUUAUAGGAAUUCCCAAACCGACUUACUAGAUGAAACUUAUUCGGCUGAAAUCCAGCUUCAGGGUGCAUAACAUGUUUCUUUGAUCGGGUGAGCUUGAUCAGCCAUGCAUAUUUGGUAUAUAACAAGAGGUUAAAAAGUUUUGAAUUGAUUUGACCAUAAGACUAUUGAUUCAACGGUAUGUUAAGUUUUCUUUGUGCUAUGUGCAUCAAAGUUUAAGAGGAACUUAGGUUAAAAUUAUUCCAUGUGAACGUUUCCAAGGAUCAACAUCCUCUUUAAGUUCUAACAUCGUUGAAACGUUGUGGAAUUAUUAUUUUGUUUUAAUCAAGGAUGUUUCUUAAACUUGUUUGUUUAAUAAUAUCUAGCUAUUUCUGUAUCGUAAGUGAAACUAUAGCACAUAAAACAGUCAUUAUAUUUUUCCUUCACAUUUUAAGUAAAAAGAUAAACCUGCAUAUCUUUUUCUAUAAGGAAUAUGAGGUCACGUACUCUUAGAGGUUUGUGACGUCAGUGACACAGUCGAAGAACAAGGAAUAUUAGUUCUGCGUUUAAACACGCAGUACUUGAUACGAUGUAACAAAGGAAAUAUUCGUAACCAGGGAACAUUGCUGAGCUAUUGCUUGCUGUUAAACCCAGCACCGUACGUGCAUACAACAUGUUAGCCAGUUGAUUGCAUAUAAUGUGCUAAUAAAGAUAACACUAACUACAAAAUACAAAAAUGUUCCAGAGCAGUAGCUUUGUUUCGGUCUGUUUAAAUAGAAGAAGAGAUAUAAUAAAUAAUUUCUGUGUCAUAUUGGCCCGGAAUCGCCUCAGAGCUUGCUACUAAAGCGUCAUUGAUUUGAUCAUAUCCAGUGAAGCGACUAACAAGCAAGGAAUACCUAAACCUUAAAAUAACUAUACGGUGUAAACUUUCGAACAAAAUCGAAAACGUUCCGUAAAUCAGUUCAUUGGUAUAUUUUAGGACACUCAAAUAUCUCGCUUAAUAAGGAGAUUAAGACAAUUCAAAUUUAAGCAUCUUCGUUAACGAAGCUGAGAAAGCACUUUGUUUUGUUCUGUUUGCUCAAUGUUCUUCUUUGAUGUGUUAACGUAUGCAUAUUAUAUUUAUUUUUAGCAUUCACCAAAUCAGUGAAUAGCAAUUUUAGCGCAUUCUGAUUGGCUACCGCAACUCGGAAUAUCCCUGGAUAUUCACUGUUUUGGGACGGGAUUCAAAAUGGCUUCUCGUUUCGCGACAAUAUAGAAAGAAAACUUAUAGCGGGAAAUGAAGCAGUGGCACCAGCAAAUAUCAAGAAAGAGACAAAAUUUGGCUUGGUGUUUACUAGUCGGUAGAAAAAAAAUUUCUUACCGAAUUAGUUUGCAACAAAAUCAUAAAAAAAUGAUCUCCGAAACACCGUGAAUUGAAACGUAAACAAACUCUAACCGGCUAGGGCCCGUUUCAAACGUCGUGCUACUACUGUGCCGGACUAAAUUGAUCGAACUAAAUUCGACCUUAGCUCGGCAGUAGCGCGACGUUUGAAAGCAAGUCGUGCUACUGCCGUGUGGCACGGCAAAGCUUGCCGUCCCGAAUUCAAUUCAUAAUUCCUGAAUUCAUUAGAAUACAUUUUAACAGUUUACUAAACCGCUUUUUAUUUUUAUGUUUUGUUUUCCACAACAGCUAUUUUAUUCGACUGGGUUAAUUCGACGUCUGAAACCAAGUCGACUGUUACAGUCAAGUCGAGCCAGCUUAGAACGGCAGUAGCACGACGUUUGAAAAAAGCCUAAGUGACGUCUUUUAUUUACACAAAGUUCCUUUUUUCAUUUUUAUCCAACUGAUUUGGUAAAUACUAAAACAACUAUCCCCCUCAUGGUCGGUGAACAGCGCUAGAUAUAUACCUCGACGCUUCCCAUCUCGGUAUAUUCACCACUAUUCACCUCCCCUUCGGUGGAUAGUUGUUUUGUUUUGUUUUUUUUUUUUUGCUGAAGUUGGAGGCCAGUAAAAAAUCAGUUAAACUGGUCAUGAUCAUUGAUAUGUGUAAUAAAAUGGUGAGGAGUGAAAUUAGGGAAUAAUUUGACGCGCGUUUUUAGGAUUUGGACAAAAUGCAAGUGAAAUUAUUUCCCAAUAUCACAAGUAUACCGUUUAGCUGAUUAGUCACUUAUUAAUAUCUUGGGUGACACAUAUUUAUCAUAUGUGUAUCAUAUCUAUCGAGAGCUCGACGCACUAAAAAGUUUAGAGCUUAAGUUUUUGGUAAUUUUCAGAACUUUUUGACAAAUAGCUGAUAGAAUUCUUCUUGAUGUGCUCUUUCAUGUAUUAAGGCUUUCUAAAGCGUCUUUUAAUACCCUGAUUCGUCAUUUACAACAUUUUUAAAACAGAACGUUGCCAUGGCAAUUUUGAAAUUUCACACGUGAAGACUUUUUAUUUAACACUGUCACCCUUGAAAAAUGUAAUAAUACUAGAAUCGUUGCUUUAGGAAAUUCUGGUCAUAUGAAAGGGCCUAUCGGGUAUUAAAUUGGGAGCUUAAGCAAGAGCGUUUUUGAGCGAUGGACGUCAACCGGAACUGGACUUUUUGCAUCAUUGGGCAGUGGUUUGAUUGAAACACUCCCGUAAAUCGCCCUUACAAAUUUGUUAGCUCAAGGCAUGUAAAAAGGGAAAAGGCCUCACUUCCGGUUUACAUGCGUCUUGUCGUACCAAACUCUCCUGCCGCUGCAAUAUUGAAAACCGAAAAGGGCCUGGAGACGAGGUUAAGCCAAGAAAGCAUAAUCUGUGUGGCUAACUGUCUAAAAUUUGAAUGACAAAUGCUACAAAUAACACGUCAUAGUUCGAACGAAAAGUUACACAAAAAAAGUUGUCGGAUUGUUUUUUUUCACGUACACUCGACGUAACAAGCCAUUCGACUAGUCGAUCGUAUUACCAACUCAAGGUAUUAAAAGUUCUGAAGAAAAUAACAACUGGGACAUUCAAAACCAGUCUUUGGUCGUCUGGCGGGAUUCAGUGUAAUAGGGUGUACGUAUUUUCGAUUUUAUUUUCUUUAAACUAGGAAGGUAGUUCGUUCAUGGUCCCCUUCUUCUACACGUUCUUGUGCAGUAGAACCCCGUUGAUAAGGCAAAUAACAACAGAGGUACUCCCUAUUAUACUCUAUAGGGGAAGUAUCCACCCGAAAAAUGUGAUUUUAAAGGCUUCAGGCUGGGACUUAAAACAUAGGGGAUUUGAGCAAAAUAUUCCGAACACUGUAUAUUAGUAGCUGUUUCAUUUUAAUAUAUUAAGUCUUCAGAAGUAGUACCUUUAUCAAAAAUUGAUAAAAAGGGGUGAAGUAUUGGACCAUGGGGCGUAGCCUUCCUGUAUAAAAAUUUUCGUCGAUUAGACCUCCCUUCCCCUUCUAUCCGGAGUAGGGGGAGGGGGAGGGGUUUCCCUCUGGGCCAUAAAAAGUUUUGGCCGUAAUAACGAGGCGGCAGUUUUUCGUUUUUGUGGGUUGGCAACGGACACGCUCAGUUUAAAGGAAUAUAUAUUUUCCUUUUCAGUUGGUUUUCCUUUCAAAGAUUAGUUUGCUGUUUUGCCAGGACAAAUCAAAGUGAUUCAAUAAGGCAACAGUUGAAGUGGUCGUGUAGCAGGGCUCCACUAAUACUGAAAACAUAAAGUCACGCCGUCUCAUGUCAUUUCCUAGGAUGAAACAUUGAGAAACCACUUGCUAUCUUCAAAUUUUGCCUUUUCUUUUUCAGUUUUCUCAACUGUUUCAAGCCAAACGCUUUCUACAACCUUCAAUCAAGUGUUUGAUAACCAAAGUAAGUAAUACACUUUUACUCUGCACUUUAUCAUUACAGCUAAACUCAUACACUCGUCUUACAACGAAAAAAACCAAACCAGCAAUAAUGCCCUACCUUGGGACUUUCACCCUGGGGCGUACAAGGGGGGAUGUUCUUGGUCGUCUGUUGUAUUAAGCCGUGAUGUUAUUGGCUGUGAAGACUUGUAAUCAAUAAUUGGUGCGUUUCGAUCCGCCUAUUGUCACAGUUAAACAGUAGUCGAUUGUUAGACAAAUUUUCAGUUCUCCAGUCGGUCUCCCGUAGUUAGUUUUGCUUCAUCUCGUCAUUAAGUCGUUUGUACGGCGCUGGUAACUGUUGGCUACGAUUCAGCGGCGUUUGUUCUGAGUUAGUAAACCAGCUUUUUACUGAAUCGUAGUAACUGAUUUUAUCGGUUUCAAAUUCAUCAAUUUCCAGAAUUUUAUUUUAACGAAAUACCGAUCUCACGAAUCCUAAUAUAUAGUCAACUAAAAAUGUUCUGAUUAAAUACGAACUAUUGGUUUUAAUUUUCCAUCUGACAAUUUUUUUAAAAGCUUCUACGGCCACCUCUGUACAACCAACAACAGCUUCUCAAAAAGCGAUAGAUCAAAGUAAGUUAAGAUGACUGUUGUCUUAUGACAUUAUAUUUAGAUGUGUUUCAAUUGGUUCUUAGUUUGACCCAGUUUAUUAGGCAUCAUUGUCUGGCUUAAGAGCACCUUCGUAACGUUCAUUGCCAUCGACGCGCUGCGCGCACGACGAAUUUACAAACCUCGGCUUCGCGAGGCCUCAUUUUUGACCUGGAGUUUGAUACACAUUUUUUUCAAAGUCUCAACCAACAACAGCUUCGCGAAAGCCAACUGUUAAAAUUGAGUAUAUUUUCACUUUCUUGCAGUUAGGUGGUCAUGGUUCAUAGUAUUUCACAAUGUCGGCAUCGGUUAAAUGGGAUCUCUCCAUUUCAAAAAGAGUUUAAAGAACCCAGGAGUUAAAAGGACCCAGGAUAAUGCUUCAUUAAUAUGUGACUAUUAUAUUUAAUCUAAAAUUUGAUAAUUUUUUUAAAAGUUUCUAUGGUCACCACUGUACUUCCAACAAAAAGUUCUCUCAAGUCUUUCGAUCAAAGUAAGUAGAAUCAUAAUGCUUUUAAUGCUUUUAUAUGGGCUUGUUUUCUAGUAUUCCGUAACAUUUCCCGGUUUGAAAGCACUAUAAUUUGCAAUUCAACAAAUUUUAUGAAUUGUAAUUAGAACUUUUUCCUCUUAACUACCGAUCUCAUGCAUUCUUAUAGCAAAUUUAUUUAAAGAUGUUCUUGUGAUACCAAUUUUUUUUUGAAGUUUUUAAACGUAAUUUGAAGACUCACCUUUUCAAAAAAGCCUUUUCUGAUAUAAUGCUGUAAUUUAUAGACUAGAUAAUUAUUCAUUCGUGUAAUUUUGACUAUAUAUUGUUAAUUAUAUAUUUUUUGGAUCUUUACAUUGCCAGAAAUUAGGGACAAGAUGGCGGUUGCGCGUGCGCACUAAGGCCACAAUGGCUGCGAAUUCGUAUAAGAAAAUGUAUGGAGAUAAGGAAACUUUUUCAAAUAUAUCGAUUAUGAGCUCACGGGUGUUCGGUGCCCGACUCGAAACAUGUUAAGUGCUGUGUAACCCUCGCAUCUGGGUUAAAAAUAGCUAAUUAGAAGUACGUUUACUUACUUCCUGACGUGGGCACUUUUAUUCCUUGUUGUACGCUCCAUUUCUUCAUACAUUGUCUUAAAAUCUUGCCGAAGUCAUGCGAAAUACUCGUCGAUUAGAGGAUAAACCCUUCACUGAAGUAAAUUUGCCCGACUCGAUAUCACUUCUGCGAUGGAAGAUGUUUCCAAAACAGUCGUUAAAAGGACGAUUUUUGCACUGCAAAAUACUUCCAAAGGCGCAUUAUUUCCCUCAGUUUUCCAUCUGUAGUCCAGUAAUGGACGCCAUGGUUGCGAAUGACACAUUUCGGUCGGACAAAGCUUCACAACUCCAGACCUCACCGAAUCGCCAUUUUGUUUGUUGCUACAACUCCAGAGAUGCUUCACGGGAUAUAAACUAGGUUCCAGUCAUUCAAAAAUCCUCGAUUAGCCUACCAAGCUUGGUUUUAAAACAAAAUUGUCACGAAAAUGCCACGAAAGGUACAUCCGCAUACUGUUUUGUUGCUAUCAGCCGCUCGGCCGAGUAUAAACCUAACAUUUUCUUGCAAGGUGUUUAAUUCCAGCUUUUUUCUUCGUAAAACAGAUCCACAGAGCUCAAAUUAUUUAAAAAAUCGCGAGGGAUACGCUUUCCCUGACUACGAUAGUUUUUGUCCGCCAUUUUAAAAACGAGAUUCCGCUGACAAUUGAUCACGGGCGCGAAAUGUCCACGAUUUCUGGCAAUGAUUGUAAGGCGCAUUUCAAAACUGUAUAGUUAAUUAGAUGAUUUGCGCGAUAUAAAUAAAUGUUAUUAUUAUUAUUAUUAUUAUUAUUAAUUUUUAAUCUAAUUAUUUUUUUAAGCCUCAAAGGUCAGCUCUGUACAACCAAAAACAUCUUCUCAAAAGCUUUCCGAUCAAAGUAAGUUGAUUAUUGUGGAUGCGUUUGAUUUUCAGGUCACUAUUGGUGACGUUAGAGGCCUCCAGCAGCGCCACCACCCAUAAAAUAUACCUGUCAUCUUAUUGAGAAGAUGAAGGGCUUUUUACUGAAGACAAAAUCUUUUCCAAAUAUUGCAUCAUAUCAAAAAGUCAAGGGAGAGGCUCCAUCAAUCUCCCUCUUUUGUGCAACGGUGGGGGUAUGACUUUACUUGUGCGUCCGAGAGUUAAGUUGAUUUAGUUUUUAAAGCCUCUGCCAUUACCAAUGUGCAGCUAACAACAGCUUCACGAGAGCCUUCAGUUGGAAGUCCGUAUGAUUUUAAACCUUUGCAGUUUGGUUGUCUUGGCUUUUAGAAUUUCGGUUUUAGGGUUCCCUGUCCAAAUGUAAAAUUAAAAGUUCAUUUUUCAAGAGUUUAAAGGGACGCAGGAAUCCCAAAAUUAAUGUAUUGACGUUUUCAUUAAUAUUACUUACCGUUGUAUUUAAUCUAGAAUUUGUUAAAGCAUCUACAGUCUCCUCUGCACAACCAACAACAGCUUCUCAAAAGCCUUCCGAUCAAAGUAAGUAGAUUAUUUUGAUAUUAUGCAAUUGCAUGUCGAUGGGUCUUGUUCCUACGUGUAGUUUAGUAUUAGGUGUCAUUGAGCUGUUUUAAGGCCUCCUCUUUAAUUUUGACCGCGGUCGACGCGCUGCGCGCGCGACGAAUCUUCGCGAGGCCUAAAAUUUUAUGUAUUUACAUUCGGCGGAGCUAAACGUAGUGGCAGUGACAGAGAAUGUAAAUACUUUCCUAUUGGUAUGAACGCACGUGAGCCGCUAUGGCGUUAAUUGACUCUAUUGUUGUAAGGUAUAUAAGGUUUUGACAGUUGUAAUGUAUUCAUCUCAGCUCUCGAACUAUCAAAUUUUAUUUUUAUAUCUUACUUUAUUCAUCUAUCGAUUGAUUUUUUACCUUUAACCCCCAGAGGUUGUGCGACCGCAUCGGUUGGGGAAUACGUUCCCAAUUUUUUCCCAUUGGGUUUUUUGGGUUUUCGUAUCAGGCGGCGCACGUGAAUAGUUUAGCCUGAGUGACUUUAUUUAGGAAUAUUUGUAUACCAUUCUUUAGUUAUGAUGUUGAACUUUGUAUGUUAUUUGGACGGCAUUAAACACUCAGGCUCCAUAGCUCGAGCUGCACACCCAUUCCCGUCUCUUAGUCGUGAAUAUAAAUAGGAAGUACAAAUUUUUUAUAGCCUAUACGGUCACCAGUGUACAACCAAAUACUACAGCCUCGCGAAAACCUUCCGAUGAAAGUGAUUAUAUUUUCAUUCUUUUGCAAUCGAUGGUCUUGGUGUCUUCGUUCUUAGUAUUUCGCAAUAUUGUUCGGUUUUAGAGUUUCCUCAAUUUCCUCAGCAGAUUUCAGAAGUUGAUUUUUAAGAGUGUAAAUGACGUAGGAGUUAUUAAUAUUUACUGUUAUAUUUACUGAUAUGAAAUUUGAUGAUCCUUUUUUAAGCCUCUACGGUCACCAUUGUACCACCAGCGACAGCUUCUCAAAAGCCUUCUGAUCAAAGUGAGCAUAUUUUCAAACGUUUGGAGUAAGGAUCGGUGAAAUAGGCAACAAAAUCUAAACGUGCAACUAAAUGCGAUGUUGGGCAUUUUACCACUCCUGUAAAAAAUCAAAUUGUUGCAAGUUGCGAAAAAAUGUUGUAGAAAGUAGAGAGUAGUUCUACUUUGUGCAACAAAAUCUCUACACGCUGCGCGUUUUACCGGCCGGCUUAAGGCAAACUGGUUUUGUAGCAGCUGACCUAACUCCCAUAUAUGGCUUGAAUCCAGCGUAAUAUUAACCAAUCAGAAUUCGAAGUCAGUAUCCUCGUAACUUGCAACAACCUGAUUUGUUUCAAGACAGGUUUGAGCGUGGAUGGUAAAACGCGCAACAUUGCUCUUCAAAUCGUUUGGCAGCAAUGUUGGAAAACAAGUUGAACGUUUUUGUUAUCCGUUUUACCGUAGCCUUAGAUGGUUAUCAGGUUCUUAGUUCUUUGACAACAUGACUCGCCCUUAGAGCUCUAUAAUUUUCAUCAAUUUCUCGGCAGUUACCUCGGUCUUUGAUUUUCAAUUUUCAUCAACGUCUUAACACAUGACUCAAUUCAAUUUCUAGACGUUUAUUUUCAUGAUACAUAGACGCAUAAUAAGGAUGCAUAUAAAGACACAUAAUAAAUCCUGUAUUCUAAACAUAUUCCAUUAACACUUGUCAAUAUAUUUAAUAAGUAUGAUAACGUUUUUUAGUAAAAUCCAACUAGUGGUCUAUUAUCAAUACUGCGUUCUGAUUGGUUGAGCUACUACUAGGUUAUAUGUUAUAGCCCACUCAGCGAAAAGCACCGGCUUUGAAAACCAAAACAAUGGCGGCUGAAUCGCGUUUUGCUAACUAAAGCUGUUUUGUUUCGAUUUUUUUGACCAAGUAGUUGGAUUUUACUAAAACAAUUAUUCCUCUCGCCCUCAUGGCCUCUGAGUCAAUAGCCCAUUUGGGCUUCGGCCUCAUGGGCUAUUGACUCAGAGCCCAUUCGGGCUCGAGGAAUAAUUGUUAAAGAACCACUAUACAACCAACGGCGGCAUCUCGAUAGCCUUCCGAUAAAAGUAUUCCAGUAUAUUUUCAUACGUAAUCUGUGCAUUUUUAAUUGCUGGCUUUAAGUGUUACGCAAAAAGCACUCUUUUAAAAAUUAAAACUUAAAUUUCCAGAAUUUUAUUUUCAUGAAGUACGGAAUUCACGAAUGUAUAAUUGAUUAAUCAUUAAAAUUUCAAGUAUUGUUUUUGACUGAUUUUGAUAUUGAUGUAUCUUAAAAGCUUCUACAGUCACCUCUCGUUCACAUUCAACAAGAGUUUCUCAAAAGCCUCCUUUCAAAAGUGAGUAGAUUACUAUAACGUUAUGCAAAUUCAUGCGAGGCUGGCCUGUUUCUUAGUUUAGUAUAACGCAUCAUCAUUAAGUGAAAGCGCUGCUGUAAUUUUCACCAUUCUAGCAUUUUAUUUUCGUGAAGUCCGUACCGAAUUCAGGUAUCCUAAUCAUGAUCAAUUCAUUUCGGCCGUCCCGAUUAUACCAAAUAUCUUCUUUAAUUUUAAAAUUUGGUAAUUUUGUUUCAAAGCCUCUACGAUCACUACUGUACAACUUACAUCAGCCUCUCAAAGAUCUUUGGCGAUCAAAUUGAGUAUAAGCUUAUACAUUUUUGGGGUUAUAGUUUCCAUUUUUAUCAUUGUUUUGUUAAUCUGGUCUUUAUUCUUCCCUUAAAUAGUUUUCGUCAUCAACUUCCAAAAGUCUUAUUCUCAUGAUCUAAUGGACACAAAAAUUAAUAUAUGUAUAUGUCAAACGUGUUCUAUUAAUAUCAUAAAAUCCUAUGUAUAUGAUAAACGUGUUCUUUGAAUAUCAUAAAAUCCUAAGUAUAUGUCAAAAGUGCUCUAUUAAAAUAAUCAUCUUUAUUAAUUUUUUAAUUUGGAAAAAAACUUUAUUGACAACAAUGCUAACUAUUAAAAUCCUUUUUACAAUUAAUUCGCUCGAAAAAAAGAAAAAACUAUUCAUUUAAAGCACUAGUUAUUAAUAUUAUAAUUAAACUUAAAUGGCCACCCACAGAACAACGAACAACAGCUUCUCGAACGCCUUCCGAUGAAAUAUGUUUAUUGUGGUUAGGUGGCCUCUUGGUUCUUAGUAUUUGCAACAUUUCUUGGUUCUUGCUAGAUCUCCUUUACCGUUCAUUAAUUUCCAGAUUUUAUUUGUAUGAUGUAAAGAGCAAAUGAACCCUAGUUUUAAACGUGCUCCAUUAAUAACUAUGAAAGAUUCAAUCAAAAUUUGAUAUAGUACGGUCACCAAUGUACAGCCCAUGACAGCUUCUCGAAAGCCUUUCUAUCAAAGUAAGAAUUAAUUAACAAUUAUUCCUCUUGCCCUUAUGGCCUCUGAGUCAAUAGCCCAAGAGGCCGAAGGUCGAAUGGGCUAUUGACACAGAGGCAAUGAGGGCAAGAGGAAUAAUUGCUUUAGUAAAAUCCAACUACUUGGUCAAAAAUAUCGAGACAAAAAAACUUUUGGUUUUCAAAGCCGGCACUUUUCACUACUAGUGGGCUAUAACAUAUAGCCCAGUAGUAGCUCAACCAAUCAGAACGCAGACCACCAGUUGGAUUUUACUAAAAUAUUUUAGUUAAUUAAUGCAGUUUUUGUGAGCUUGGUUCUCAGAACACAACAUUUCCUGGUAUAUUCAAGCAUUUUUAAAACUGAUCAAUUUCUAAAAUAAUCCUCCUGAAGAAAUUUACUCAUGAAUCUUAAUAGAACAUUUAACGAUAUUUUGUUAGUAUUAAGCACUAUUCUAAUUUUGAUUCUUUUAAAGCCUCAACGUUUAUCUCUGUAAAACCAUCAAGUACCUCAGAAAAGCCUUCCGAACAAAGUAAGUAAAUUAUAUUCUAAUAUCAUAAUAAUGCAGGUACUCGUUAAGCUUAAUGACUUAAUGAUUGUCAGCCUGGUAUUUCUCGUCAUUGCUCGGAUUAAGAGCCAGAUUCUGUAUUUUUUCACCAACUUCUUAAAUUUUAUUUUCAUGAAGUAACAGAAACAGGUAUCUUAAUAAUGCAUUCGGCACGCAGCGAUGAUACCGAGAUUCCCAAGCAUCUUCUUCAAUUUUAAAAUUUGAUUAAUUUCUGCUAAAGCCGCGCUCUAGCGUCACCACCGUACAACUUGUAUCAGCUUCUCGAAAUCCCUUUGAUCAAAAUGAGUGUAUUUUUCUGGUUACACUUUCCAGUUUUGAGUUAUACUAGGUCAGUUAUAUUAUCAGCGUGGUCGAAUUUUAUAGUAUUACUCAACAUUGCUCGACCUUAGAGCUUCUUUGGACAAUAAAAGGCAUUCCUUGCACGUUUGUCGCAACAAUGUGAAAACGGAGGUCGCAAAGGGGCAAAGAUGGAAAAUGCCACAUUUGCACACCCAAAAGCCCAGGGUUUUAAAUAUGGAGACAAAUGUUCCAUUUAACAUCUUCGCCCCAGAAUAACUCCUCAGUUUUCACAUUUUUGCGACAUAUCUGCCGAGAGCGGCAAAGUUUUUUAGACUUACAGAAGUCUAUCAAUUCAUGAUUUACGGGAUAUAGGGAUCCUAAGUAUGUGUUACUCAUGUUCUAACAAUUCCUAUAUAGGGUUAUGUUUAAUCCAAAAUUUGAUUUUUUUUGAAAAGCCUCUACUGCCACCACUGUACAAACGACAACAGCUUCCCGAAGGUCUUCCCCUGACCCAAGUGAGUGUAUCAUCUGAGAUUUCUAGUAGCGGAGCUCCACGCGCGCGAGCGGAGCCCCACACCUAAGAACAUUUGGUAAUCUGUCCAUCCGAGAAAAUUCGGUAAUCAAGUGACUGUACGUCCGCCCAUUCCUUCCGCACCACCGGGAAACGUGGAGGCCUGUAACCUGUGUUUAACUUGAUGUUAGACAUCCUUAUCAUGGUCAAUUGACAGCUGUCAAAACAGGGUAUCCGCUGACGUGAGCUUCGCUUUUAGCUCUGGCUAAAUCUAUUAAGUAUAUACUAAAACAGUGGAUAGUGUUUUUCGCGCGCUCUGAUUGGCUACUCAAUCAGUGAAUGGUCAUUGCGCGCCAAAACUGUAAUCGAUGGCAACAGUAAAGGAGUUAAAAAUCAUCAUUUUUGUGCUCAAUUAUCUCAUUGUUUUAGUAUAUACUAAAACAAUUAUUCACCUCAGUGUCGGUGGCUAGUGGUAGUAUUUACCUCGCCGCUUCGCGGGCUCGUAAAUAUUCCAUCACUAGCCACCUCCACUUCGGUGAAUAAUUGUUAUAUAUUACUAUUGCACGGUUUACUCAGAAAACCGUGAACACUUGAAAAAUUUUAGGAAAGUUAAUUGUUUACUGACUAAUCACAAUAAAGUUCAGACACGCGAGCAAACCUCAAAACCAAAAAACUAACUACCUUUGCUGUUUGCGGUUUAGUUAUCUUGCGCCUUAUUAGCUUUUUCCUCGCAACACAACAUUCCGUAAAUAUUUCUGAUGGUUAACGGUCUUGUGAGUUUCACAGUAAAACAUGCACUACAUCAAUUUCAGACCUUUAUUUUAUUCUCGUGAAGCACCAAACUCAUUAAUCCUAUUACAUUUAACUAUGUUCUGAGAAUAGGAAGUGUUAUUAUAUAUUUUUAAUUGUGAUGUUUUUUAAAGCCUUUACAGUCACCUCUGUAAAACCAACAACAGCUUUUCCUAAGCCUUCCAAUCAAAGUAAGUAGGUUUUUAUAACCUUACGCAGUUGCUUGUAAUUGACUUGGUUCUUAGUUUAGUGUUACACAUUAUUUCGUGGCUUUAGAGCUCUGUGAUUUUCACCAACCUAGAUAUUAAUAUUCAUUAUAAAAUUUAGUCUAAAAUUAAAUUUGGUUUAUUUUUAGAAGAGUCCACAGCCACCACUGCACAACCAACAACAGUUUCUCGAAAGCUAUCUGAUCAAAGUGAGUGUAUAUAUUACCAUUAAUACUUAUAUGCAUUUAUGCGAGCUUGACGUUCUUAGUGAUAUUAGCCAACAAGGCCUACCAGAAUCUUAUUCUCAAAAAGUACCAAAAUGAAUCUUAACUGCACAUUUAACCAUGUUGUUCUUGUAAUACCAAGUAUCGUUUUCAAUAUUUGAAAUUUAAUGUGUUUAUUUGUUGAAGCCUUUACGGCCACCAUGACUGUACAGCCAACAACAGCUUCUCGAAAGCCUUCCGAUCAAAGUGAGUACAUUGUCAUGCCUAUACAUUCUGAUUGUAAUGCUUAUACAGUAUUAUUGUCUGGUUUUAAAACACUACUUAAAUUCAUGAAUUUCCAGAAUAAUAUUCUCAUGAAGUACCAAACUCCUGAAUCCUAAUAUUAAUGUUUUGGUAUUAUUUCUAAUUUUAAAUCUAAUGUCUUUAAAGCCGUUACAGUCACCUUUGUAGAACCAACAACAGUUUCCCCAAAGCCUUCCCAUCAAAGUAAGUAGAUUUUACUUUUACGCAGUCACUCGUUGAUAAGAUCUGUCUUUAAAGCAUUGCACAACAUUUGCCGGUUUUAGAGCUCUGUAUUUUUCUCAAACGCGAAGAUUUUGUUUUGAUUCAUGAAUAACGCGCGCAAGUAUCCUAAUGAUGUAUUUCGUUACGUUCUGGCAAUUGUAUGGUUUCAUGUUAAUUUAGAUAUUUUAUGGAUGUUUUCAAUGCCUCUACGGUAACCACUUUGCAACCAAUAUCAGUUUCACGAAAUCCUUUCGAUCAUGGUGAAAACGGAGUUCUCAAAAUCAUGCAUUAUUCUGAUUGGUUCCGUUGAAUCGUUGUGGCAGCUUCAAGUUCUUUUACACGGUCAUUUAUUGCUUGUGAAUGAGCUGAAACUUUUAAAUUAUACAACAUUCCUUUGAAGCAUGGGCUUAGUUUUAUAAGCACUAGCUAAUUCUGAAUUUAAUACAUUAAAACCUCUAUGGUCAUCUCUGCGCAAAGAGAAACAGCUUCUCAAAAGGCUUCCGUUCAAAGUGAGUCGAUUGUUGUAAUCCUGUGCAGUCACAUGUAAGUAAGCUUGGUCUUUGCUUAGUAUUCCGGGUAAUUGUGUUGUAUAAGAGUUUCGGUGAUUUUCACAAGCUUCUAGAAUUUUAUUUCCAUGAAGUAACCGAAACCUACGUAAAAGUAAAAAAAAUUUCUAUCAUGUGAUAGAUGUAUAUAAGACCUGCGCAGUUGUGUCGUAAUCAAACUAAAAUUUGAAAUUUCUUUAAAGCCUCUGCAGUCAGCUCUGUACAAGCAACAACAGCUUCUACAACGCCUUCCGAUGAAAGUGAGAAAAUUUUUAUACUUUUGCAGUUAGGUCUUAAUGUUUUUAGUAUUGCUCGGUUUUAAACUCCUUUUAAAAAUAAGUUUGUUUCAUGACAUUUAGGGCACAUAAAUCCUAUUAAUACAUUUUAAACACGUUCCGGGAAAAAAAAAAAAGAAAAAAAAAGAAACUAGACUAAAAAAAGUGUUAUGCACACUGGGUGAUGCGCAUUGCAAAACAAGGGAAUUACUUUUAAUUAAUCCUAAUAUUACAUAAUUUGAGCAGCUAUGUUCUGGUAAUACCAAGUAUUCAUUCUUAUUUUUAAUUUAAUGUUUUUAAAACCUCAACAGCAACCUCUGUAAAACCAACAACAGCUUUUCCAAAGCCUUCCAACCAAAGUGAGUAGGUUUCAAUUAUAGUCGAUCUCACGCAGUUUAUACUUGUAAUUGCGUUUGGUUCUGAGCUUAGUAGUAAGCAUGAUUUCGUGGUCUUAGAGCUCUGUAAUUUUCACCAACAUCGAUUUUUUUGUUUUUAUGAAUAUCGCGCAGCCGCACAGCCUAAUAAUGCAUUUAGUACGUUUUCGUUAUAUAUUGUACUUGGUUAAAUUUCCAAAAAAGUUAUAUUUUUUUCAAAAUCUCUUCGGUCACCAAUGUGCAACCAUCAUCAGAGUCUCGAAAGCCUCUCGUUUAAGGUGAGGGCGGAAUUCUCGGAAUCCUGCGUUCUGAUUGGUCCCGUUGAAUCGUUGUGGCAACUUCGUUUACAAGUGUUGUUGUUGUUAUUUGUGAAUGAACAAAACAUGGGCUUUAUGAGCACUAACUAAUUCUGAAUUUAAUUUAUUUUUAAAGCCUCUACGAACAUCUCUCUACCAACAACAACCGCUUCUCGAACGCCUUCCGAUGAAAGUGAGUACAUUUUUACACUUUUUCAGUGAGGCAGUCAUAUUUCUCAGUAUUUUGAAAUGUUGCUCGGUCAUGUGCAGCUAUGUGGGCUCGUUUCUUAUUAUUACGUAACAUUGCCACUUUUAAAAUCACUUAGUCUAUUAAAAUUCAUCUAUUUCCACUUUUGUAUUCUCAUAAAGUACUGAACUCGUGAAUACAUUUAACUUUGUCCUGGUAAUAACACGUAUUAGAUUUUAAGGCUUAACAGUCAUCACUGUACGUGACUGUAUAACCAAUAACAGCUUCUCUAAAAACUUCCCGACAAAGUGAGUAUACACGCAUUUUUAUCUUUUGUCGUUUGGAGAGCUUCAGUAAUUUGAACCAACAUCCUUACAAGAAGUACUAAACAAAGACUUCCUGGAUGCAGUUUUAGCAAGUUUUGGCAAUAGAUAGUAUUUCACGUAAUUUUAAAGUGUGAUGCCGAUUUUUUUUACAGCAUCCACGGCCUUCACUGUACAACCAGCAACAGCUUCUCAAAACCCUUCCGAUCAAAGUGAGUAUGUAGUAUUUUGUACUAUUGCUUGGUUUUAUAGUUUUCCCUUAAUUUCCGUCCAUGUUUUCAACAUCUUCCAUCAAAACCCAGCAUAACAUUUUAUCUUAUAAAAUUAAUUUUUUUUAAAGCCUCUCCGGUCACUACUGUACAAUCAACAACAGCUUCCCGAAAUUUUCCCGAUCAAAGUGAGUAAAUCGUUAUGUCUAUGCAUUUUCAUCAUUACUAUUCUUUGUACUAUAAUUAUAAGUUUUAAAAAGGAACUACUAAAACAAACAUCAUCAUUUCCAGAAUUUUAUUCUCAUGAAGUACAGUGGAACUCAGUUAAUAUGCCUGAACACUAUGGAGACAUGAGAUAGUGUCCUUAUUAUCCAGGAGUCUUGUGUUCAGUGGGUUUAAAUGAAAUAUAUGAGAUUUUCCAGUGUCGGGACAAUCGGAAGCAUCCAUUCUAUACGGGUGUCCGUAUUAAGCUGGUGUCAUUAAUCCUAAUAUUAUAUUUGACAAGCUGUGUUCUGGUAAUACCAAGUAGUCAUUCUUAUUUUGAAUUUCGAUGUUUUUUAAGCCUUAACGGUGACCUCUGUAAAACCAACAUCAACUUUUCUAAAGACUUCUAAUCAAAGUAAGUAGGUUUUCAUAGUCUUACGCAGUUACAUAUAAUUGGACUUGAUUCUAAUUAUUACACAUUAUUUUGUGGUGGAGCUCUGUAAUUUUCACCAACUUCGAUAUUUUGGUUUUUAUGAAUACCGCGCACAACCUAAUAAUGCAUUUUAGUACGCUUUCGUAAUAUCUUGUUUUUGGUUAACUUCAAAAUUUUAUAUUUCUUUCAAGUCUCAUCGGUCACCACUGUGCAACCAACUUCAGCCUCUCGAAAGCCUUUCGAUCAAGGUGAGGAUGUAAUUUUGUAAAUCCUGCAUUCUGAUUGUUCCAAUCGCUCUGGUAACAGUUCGUUCACAAGUUUUGUUGUUGUUGUUGUUUGUAAAUGUGCGAAACAUGGGCUCUAUAAGCACUAGCUAACCGUCUGAAUUUAAUUUAUUUUUUAAAGCCUCUACGGUCACCUCUCUACAAACAUCAACCGCUUCUCGAACGCCUUCUGAUAAAAGUGAGUAUAUUUUUACACUUUUUCAGUUAGGCAGUCAUAUUUCUUAGUAUUUUGCAAUAUUGCUCGGUUUAUAUGCUGUUAUGUGGGCUAUAUCAUAAAGACUUUUGCUCUUGGGCCAUCGUGGCUUGAUAAGAAAUAGAACACAAACAGCGGUAAUAAACAUAUUCAGCUUAUUCAUUUUUAUAAACUUGACGUAUCGUAUGCUACUCAACAUGCAUUUUUAAAGGUACCGUUACAAUUUUGAAAACUGUACAUACAUAAUAGUAAACGGGACUGGGACCGAGAUUAGGCACAAAAAUUUUCAGUUAAGAUCUGUAAAAACAAACAGCUGAUUAAUAAAGCCUCAGCUUCUCGCUACUGACCUUUACAUUGUAAGCUGGCUUCAGUUCAGGUAUAGGCAAUGUUUCUUUGAUUUAUUGGGGCUGGUUCCUUAUUACUACGCAGCAUUGCCCAGUUUUAAAAACACUUAGCAGUCUAUUAAAAUUCAUCGAUUUCCAGAUAUGUGUAUUCUCGUUUGUCAUUAAGUACUGAACUCGUGAAUCCUUAAAGAACCUUAAACUUCAUUCUGGAAAUACCACGUAUCAUUUUUUUUUUUUAAAUUUUGGUUUAACUACUUUUUAAAGCUUGGCAGUCAUCGCUGUAUAACCAAUAACAGCUUCUUUUUAGAGAAGCUGUGUUGGUUAUACAGUGAUGACUGCUAAGCUUUAAAAAGUAGUUAAACCAAAAUUUAUAAAUUUAAAAAUGAUACGUGGUAGUGAGUACAUGGCAUCUUUUCCCGUUUUGAGAGCUCCUGUAAUUGAAACCAACAUCGAGGAUUUUCUUUUUUCGAGAAGUACUAAACAAAGGUAUCCUGAAUGCAGUUUUAGCCAGUUUUGGCAAUACCUAGUAUUUCGUGUAAGUUUAAAGUGUGAUGCCGAUUUUCUUAAGGAUCUACGGUCAUUACUGUACAACCAGCAACAGCUUCUCGAAAACCUUCCGAUUUUGGUUCAGGUUCAUAGUAUUUGUACUAUUGCUUGGUUUUUUCAGUCUUCCUUUAAUUUCCGUCCAUGUUUUCAACAUCUUCCAUUAACACCCUUUGUAACACUUAAUCUGAUGAAUUGUAUUUUUGUUAAAGCCUCUUCUGUCACCACUGUACAACCGACAACAGCUUCUCGAAGUUUUCCCGAUCAAAGUGAGUAUAUUGUUAUGUCAUGCCUUCUUAUCGUAUCAUUACUAUUCUUAGUAUUAUUGGAAGUUUUAAAAUCGAACUACUAAAACAAACAUCAUCAUUUCCAGAAUUUUAUUCUUAUAAAGUACAGUGGAACUCAGUUAAUACGGGUGACCGUAUUAAGCGGGUGUCCGUAGAGAGCGGUUCCACUGUACCAAAGUCAUUAAUACUAAUAUUGAAUUUGACUGGCUAUCGUUCUGGUAAUAUUAAGUAUUGAUUCUUAUUUUGAAAUUGAUGUUUCGGUUUAAGCCUUAACAGCGACCUCCGUAAAACCAACAUCAGCUUUUCCAAAGACCUCCAAUCAAAGUAAGUAGGCUUUUAUAGCCUUACACAGUUACUUGUAAUUAAACUUGGUUCUUUUCUUAGUAUUAAACAUUAUUUUGUGGUUUUAGAGCUCUGUAAUUUUGACCAACUUCAAUAUUUUUGUUUUAUUUCAUGAAUACCGCGCACAGCCUAUUAAAUGCAUUUUAGUACGUUUUCGUAAUAAUAUGUCUCGUUUAAUUUCAAAAUUUUAUAUAUUUCUUUUAAGUCUCAUCGGUCACCACUGUGCAACCAACUUCAUCCUCUCGAAAGCCUUUCGAUCAAGGUGAGGGCAGAAUUCUCAAAAUCCUGCAUUCUAAUUGGUCCCAUUGAAUCGUUGGGGCAACAGUUCGUUUACAAAAUAAGUUUUGUUGUUGUUGUUGUUGUUUGUAAAUGUGCGAAACAUGGGCUUUAGGAUCACAAACUAACUCUGAGUUUAAUUUAUUUUUUAAAGCCUCUACGGUCACCUCUCUACAAACAACAACCGCUUCUCGAACGCCUUCCCAUAAAAGUGAGUAUAUUUUUACACUUUUUCAGUUAUACAGUCUUAUUUCUAAGUAUUUUGCAAUAUUGCUCGGUUUAAGAGCUCUUACUGUUUAUUUUUAUCUGAUAAGCAGAAAUUUAUCUUCAUGAUGUACAGAUUACACUAUGCAAUAUUUUAGAAGUUUCAAUUAAUACCCAUUAUAAUACUUACGAAGUUCUACUCGUAUGCAGUGAGAUGCAGGUACUGAGCUUGGUCUCAGCUUAGUAUUCCGUGUAAUUGUCAAGUUCAUUGUAAUUGUAAUUUGUAAAUUUUAAUUUGUCUACAUGCGAAGCACUUAGGAAUUCUUAUGAACUGGUUAAAACGUGUCCGUGCGUUCCAGAUCGAAUUGGAAUUUGGACUGAAGUGUUAGUUUUUGAGGAGAGGGAAAAACCGGAGUACCCGGAGCAAAACCUCUCGGAGGCCGGGAGAGAACCAACAAAAAAUCAACCCAAAUAUGGUUUCGACGCCGGGAUUUGAAGCCGGGGCCACAUUGGUGGGAGAAGGGGGCUCUCAUCUCUGCGACAUCCUUGCUCCUUGCACCCUAACGCUGUUUAAGAGAUCCUGUGAUUCUCACCAACCUCGACAGGAUUUUAUUUUCAUAAGGUACCCCGCACAGGUAUCCUUACAAAGCAUUUCGGCACGUUUCGGUGAUACCAAGUGUCUUCCCUUAAUUUUCAAUUCUUCAGUUUGUCUUUACUUUGUAGCCCGCCACCAGCCUAAAAAUAACCAGGAUAUUUCCAAUAAGUUUGAUGGAAAGGAUAGUUAAUCUGCACGCUGAAAAAAACAACUCCGAGUGCAAUUCGCAAUCCUUCGACUUUAUUCUUGUUUUUCUUACAUUCUAUACAUUCUGCUGGCUUUAAAAUCUUUAUUAUUUUUUUAAAGUCAAAACAAUUUACUAGUUGAGCUAUUGGAGUUCCUAAUAAAAAGCUAGGAGAGUAGCAGGAAAGCUUCUCGCGAUCAUCUUGUCAGAGGGCAAAGUAUCGAUUUGCUUAAGUUAAAUUAUCUUUGAAUCGUGGGAACAAUAAGCCGCACUUCACUCUGAGAGUCAAAGGACGCAACAUGCGUCGUCAUCCUUUGUAAGCGCGCAAAUAGUCACGGGAGCAACGGUUUAACGCCGACGCUUUUCAAUAGCCAGAGUUUCCAGUUUUAAUACUUGUUAUAAUGUUUUAAUUUGUGGCUUUUUUUUUCUUAGUAUUACAUUACGCAGUAUUGCUCGGCUUAAGAUCUCCCUUAAUUUCUUCAUCAACUUCCAGGUGGUUCAUAAUUUACAAUACAAAGAAGACCUAAGAAGAAGUACAUAGAUGCAUACACACUUUAUUGUUUCAGUAACAAGACAAUUUAACCAAACAACAAAAACAACAAAGAAAACAACAAACGAACAACAACAAAAACAUUGAAAACAUUGCAACAAAAAGGAGGAAAUAAAAGAAAUGUACGAACAAAAAAUUAGAUAUUUAUAAUAAAAAUGAUAAAUGAGAUAGAACUAGCUAUUUACAAAUUCAAUUAUUGAUUGGAAAGAAGUAGUUUGACUAGUCGUUUUUUAAAAAUGUUGACUGAAUCAGUUGAUUUAACAUUAUCACUGAUGCCAUUCCAAAGCCAGUUUGCCCCUCUGUAGGAGAAGGACCGCUGACCGACAGCUCAAUGGUAUCUCGGAAGGUACAGCUGACAACUCUGUCAUGUGCUUCUCGUGUGAAUUUGGCUUCGUCGGCUGAAUUUCUCGGCCAUGUAAUUAGGAACGAGAUUGUUUAUACAUUUGAACAUCAUUACAGCGUCAUUCAAGCAGACUUUGUCACUAACAGGUAGCCAGUUUUAAAGAUUUAAUUCCUUGUGAAAUAUGAUCGAAGUUUUUGAGACCAAGUACGAUUCGUGCUGCUAAGUUCUGGACUAACUGCAGUUUCUUGAUGUUGCGUUUGCUGGUAUUGGACCCGAGACGAAGAGCAAUAAUAGAGUUUGCUGAAAACAAGGGAAUUCUAAUAGGAGUCAAACAUGUUCCAUCAGUUCAUAGUCAUGUUAUAAUUAAACUGAAAUUUAAAAUUUCUUUAAAUCUUCUACAGUCACCUCUGUACUAAAAGCCUCUACAGUCACCUCUGUACAAAAGACCUCUACAGUUACCUCUGCAGAAACAAUAACAACUUCUUCAAUGCCUUCCGUUAAAAGUGAGUAAAUUUUAAUUCUUUUGUAGUUAGGUAUUGGUUUUUAGUAUUGCUCGAUUUUAGAACUCCUCUGAUGCCAACCAAUUUCAAGAAGUUAUAUUCACGACGUUCAGAACGCCUUUAAACACCUUUUAGAAAAAGCUAGUAAAAUUUAUGUUUGUCGUAAAAUUUGUUAUUUUUUAAGCCUCUACGGUCACCACGGUACACUCCCCAACAACAGUGUCUCGCAAGCCUUCCGAUCAAAGUAAGUAUAUACAUACACGUAUUUUGCAUUUAUUUGAGGUUGGUUACGUUGUCAACAUUACGCAUCUUGUAGCGUGGUUUUAGAGCUUCUCAGUAAUUUUCACCAAAUUCCAGAAUUUCAUUUUCAUUACCGCACGUGACCUGAUACCAAGUAUUGCAAUUGGCCACUCCAGAAAAUACCAUAACAUACCAUAAUGCUUUUUGAUUGUCGCCCCAAAAUUUUGCAUAAGCAUUGUCUUCAGUUUCUCUUGGGAGUUAAAAUGGCCCCAAGAGAAACUGAAAACAAUGCUUAUGCAAAAUUUUGGAGGGACAAACAAAGAACAUUAUGGUAUGUUAUGGUAUUUCUGGAGUGGUCAAUUGGCUUUAAAAGUGUUUUGAACAAUAUCGAUCAAAAGUAAGGCUUACUUUACGAUUUUCUCCACUUCACCGCUUGUAGCGUAGCAUUUAUAUUCGACAAAAAACCCGGUUGCUCCAACCAUUCCAUGUGCCUGGUUGUGCUGUUUGCCAUUGCAAACCAUUGUAAGUCUACUCAGUCACUUACGGCAGGUUAUAAAGUGAUACAGAAGUCAUACACAAGUCCUUAGCAAGCCAAGCGACAUCUUGCUUCAAAUCCUACGGGGAGAGGCCAUAGGAGUUACUCCAUGUCUUCCCCCCCCCUAGUACUUUACACAAGAGUGAAGAAAUUAAAAUGAACUUAUUUGCACGGCAGAGUAGGAAGUCAAUUUAAUCGGUAAUACCUUUAAUUCCGAAAUUUGCUGAGCCCUUCAGUUUGCGGGUAGUAGAAACAUCACGAUUACAUUCACUAAGAAAGAAUAAUUUCGUUUCACCGUCUAAACAAGGCAGAUGUAACCUUCGAUCAGGGGGUCGUUUUCCCCAUUAUCUAUGAGAGGUGAGGGGAAAAGGAUUUUAUUUUUACCGGAAAUUGUUUAGGUUGAAUCAAUUAACACCGCUGACCAGGACUGGUUGCAUAUUCACGGGAUGUCAAAGAGUGACCACUAGUUCAACUUUCUUAGCUUUUGGACUUGAGGUUUCGGAUUUUAAUACGUAGAUAAUUCCGAUGCUUGGCUUAAUGGCUAAAAAAUAAUGAGCUCAACUCUUCUUGGGGCGACUGGUGGCAUCUGAUGAAGAAAUACGCCGUACAUGCAAAGUGGAAGCGUGCGUGUUAUGUGGCUUGGCUUGCUAACGGACUUGUGUAAUGACUUCUGUAUCACUUGAUAACUUGCUGUCAGUGACUGAGUAGACUUACAAUGGUUUGCAAUGGGAAACAACAUAACCGGGCACAUGGAAUGGUUUCGUGCAACCGGGUUUUUUGUUUAAUAUUAAUGCUGCGCUACAAGCGGUGAAUUGGAGAAAACCGUAAAGUAAGCCUUAUCUUAAAACACUGAAAACCAGUAAUAAUUUUUUGACCAGAAAAUGACUCAGUGCAUAAUAUUCUUUGAUACUGAAGGUAGUUUUAGUGUUUUAGAUGUUUUUUUGGCGAGUAGAUAGAUUGUCAACUGCGAUGAAACGUACAGAAACUGAAAUUUGAGAUUGUUUGUUAAUUGCCCUUGGAAACAGAAGCGCCCGCCCCGUAGAGAUUUUUACAGACUUACUACCUAGAAUGUCUGUGUAAACUGCCCGCUUAGUUUUAGCUCUGAAACUGAUGUACUUUUGGAGAAAUUCAAGGAAAGGAUAACCUUAUUUUAGCCAUCAACUCAAAUGGCCGAAGCUCUAUGUAGUUGAUAAAGCGUUUGUGCCAAGCAAAUUUGACAUAAUAAAAGGCAAUCCACAUAAAUGCAAACUAGAAUGAUGGUAUUAUAUCUGCCCUAAGUCUUGAGUUGUAGCGUUUUAAAUGGACUUGAGAAACAGAGCUACACACUUUGCACUUUUAACAAACAGUUACUGAGUUAAAUAUUAGGUGUUUUGCCACCAACAAACAAUUGGUGUUACCAUGACAACAAUAAAGGAGCAACCAGAACAGAGUGCAUUUUUAGACACCCCCCCACAAUGACUAAUUGCAUGCAAAAUUUGAGGGGGGGGAGGGGGGGGUCCCACUUUGCUUGACUGUUACAGAGAAAUGCUCUUAAACUUGGUUUAUUGUUUAAGGUUCUACUGUCACAUCUGUAAAGCCAACAACAUCCUCCCAAAAGCCUUCUGAUCGGAGUAAGUGAAUUUUUAUAGUCUUAUGAAGUUACAUGUAGGUUAGCUUGGUUCUUACCAGGGGGUUCCUUAGCUUAGUAUUUCUUAACAUUACUCAUGUUAGAGGGCAUUUAAAUUUGUUAACUUUAAGAUUAUAAUUCAUGAAGUGUAAAAAACCUUCUUUCAGUAACUUCAAGUACAGUAUUAUAUAUCUUAACUAGACUUAAAUAAAGUAAUUAUUGUAAAGAAACUUAGCUCUUACGCUGACCUGACAGCCAACCAAACCCCCGCACGCCUAGCCGAGGAGGUGGGUUAAGGGAAUGUUUUCAUUGGCCAAUCGGCCUCAGAAUUUAAGAAUUUGGCAUGACAAACUAGAAGCAGACACAUCAUUAGUGAAUUGAUUCUCCAGAGGGACUAACGGAUAAUACCACACUUUUGCAGCACCCUCCCCCGCUAGGGAUUUAUAUGGAGACCCAUUCCCACCCUAUGGUAAGUUAGCUCACGGACUGAGCUUGUCUAUCAGACCAACCAGGACAGCAAGCCCCCUAAGAAAAUUCUCACCAUAGUGACCAGAAACCUGGCUAUCGCCAGGUCCCUGUGCGAAUAUUCUGUGCCUUUUUUUUCUGGGCUUGAUAUGUUUUUUGAAAAACACCGCCAUUACGAUUUUGGAAACACUAUCAUCUGUAUAAAAUUAAGCUUAAAACUGCUAUGAUUUUGUUCGUAUGGAAUUUAAAUGGAGCUGUUUUAGUUGAGCUAAAUGGUUGACAUUUAACAAGACUGAUUAUUGUUAACUCUGAGGAAAAAGUUAGGUGGUUCAAAUAGCCAAUCAACCCAACUAAACGUUUACCACAAUAAAUGAAAUUUGGGGGGACUACAAGAGCUAAAAAAAAAAAAAAGAAGACAUUUUUGACAUCCUCUUAGUUCUAAAUGCACGUGUCGUCACAUUUCUAGCCUGCGAAAACAUCCUAGCUCCUUGCCGCUGGGGGCGUUUCACGCGGAGGAACGUCUGCGACCCAGCGACAGAAAUUCCAUACUGGUGACGCAAAUCAAUGUUUACGUAAUAAAUCCGGUAGUCAUGGGGUUCCAAAGUCGCAGACGUUCCUCCGAGUGAAACGUCCCCAGCAGCGGAGAGCGAGGAGAAACGGAUGUUUUCGCAGGCUAUCACAUUUCAAACAAUGAAGUUUUAUCUUUUAACUUUAUGCUUAUUUUCAUAGCUACUAUUGUCAGCACCAAACAGCCAAUAACAGCUUCUCCAAAGCCUCCUAUUCAAAGUGAGUUUCAGUUCCGUGUGAUGCGGACAACUUUUUCUUUUCGUAACAGUUCGUUAAAACUUCGUAGUAUUUCUUAGACACGAACUAAUGCCUGGUUAUUUCGUAACCCUUGUGUUUCUUGUGUCCCUGUUUGCCAUCCUCCUUGCUGUGUUUCUGCUCUGCCAGUAUAGCUUUGCCUUUGCUCACCCAAAUUUGGCGUUCACCAGAAAGACUCGAAUGAAUCGAGUAAGAUCUUUGUUGAGCAUGCUCUGCAUGUUGCUAGGAUACAUUUUCGAACCUAGGCCUAAUAGUCGCGCGCUUGGUACAGUGGGUUUGUUUUUGAUCAUCGGUUUAUUAAACGGAUGCUCGCGCUCGAAACCAGUUUGACGAGAGAGAACAAUAUUGACUAGUCCAGAAUUUCAGUUCACGGUGACUUCAAAGUUUUGAUGUGAUUAAUUAAGGCAGAGCUUACUUUUCUCGGUGGUAAAUGGUAAACCCCCAAUAGGGUGAGUUCAAUGCUACUAGAGGCGGUACUACAGUCACAUUUGCUCCAAAACGGGGCAAUCGUACACGCAGUACAAAAACCGUCCGGGGAAAUCGACAUAAAGUUGUUAGCUUUUUGAAAGCCCUGCUUAAACGGGAUAGAGUGUACACCUUACUCGAUUUUCCAUUCAAGUUAUUGGAGAAACUACGACAAUCCUUGUUGAAACGUUCCUCAAAUGAUCUCGGUAUAACCUUUCUUUGGUUUGCUUUCACAGGAACUUGUAACCUUUGCUUCGCAGACGGAGGAAAGUUAGCUGAGAACCUUGAUAUUUGUAAUAAGAUACAAACUGUCCAUACCUGUUCGACAAACGAAUUCCUCAACUUAGGAUCCACUCACUGUUACACUGCUGCGUUGAAAUACAAGCUGAAGUAUAUGAGUCCAUUUUUCUCGAGCAGGCCUCGCACUUUAAUUGUACGAGGGUGCGCAAACUGCACAGGUAUAGUACUAAAAGCGAAGAAACGUUACUUAGAUCGUCUUUCAGGGGCACUCAACGACUGUUUUCUGUAAAAUUUCGGUUCGGAGAAGCAAAUAUUGCCUAGACUUUUAGAUGACCAUUCCAUUCAGAUACAAUUUUCGAAGCUUAUCUAACAAAUAAUUUCUUAAAUACGAUAUUACGAUUGUCGUGCGAUUUUGAAACAUGUUUUAAAUCGUUAUAACAUUUUUCGAGUCGUGAAUUUCGUACGGAUGUGGUGGGUUCAAUUUACACAACACGAUCUGUCGUUAAGUAAGUCGUAGGUAAAACUCAGAUCGUCUAAAUCUUCCUUAAGAAAUUAACUCGGUACAACUGGGUAAUUUACACCAUCCAGACAAUUACGAUUCUAUCUCAGUAAGGGUAAAGGGUCGCCAUUGGAAUUCGAACUUCAUACAUCUUUCUGUAUGUUUGACAUUAUAUUUAAAAAUAGAUUAUUGGAAUUGUCGUCAGUGGUUUAAGAAAUUAAAUGUAACUUUGAAAUAAACGACGCCCUUGAAAAAACACCAAUCAGAAAUGUUUAAAAUUUUAUUAACGCUCGGGGGAUGGGGGGGGGGAAGACUUAGAUUAAUUUUUGCUGGUUAUCAGGUGUCGCUGGCCUCUCAGAGCCCCUACCCCGUUAUAGUCUUUUCUGUGGCUGGUUAGAGACCCCAUCUUUGUCACUUUUGGGCAAAUAUGUAAUUUUCGCGAUCCCAACUUAGACACUUUUUAUUUUUAUGAAUUGACCCAUUUUUUAGAUUGACUGGAGAAUACUUUACUUUUCAUCUACAGUACAAACAAUCUCGACUGGUACUUUUCCUAGCCGUAAAUAUGAAGCGGAACUGUCUUACCCCCAAAAAUCCGUACGACCCCAUUCUAGUAAGUCUAUUGAAAAUGCGACCCCAUCCAGCGGCACAUUCCCAUUAGCCUCUCACAAGAGAGUACUCCCCCCCCGGAUUAACGCUGCGACGUUUAAAAUAAAAACUGUAAUCCUAUCAUUUCUUUGGUAAAGAUGAAACAGGUUCCUGCAUUGAAAGAUUUAACUCCAUCUUCAACCAAGCGUCAAAUCCUGUCCGCUUUUCCUUCCUGGACUGUGUCAUCAAGUAUUGUAUUGGUAACAACUGCAACAACCAGCGUGUCUCUUCCUUUGACAAGACACCAGAAUCCUGUAAGUAACACUGCAUGGCAGCAGUUUUGCCCAUCCAUUUCUGAAUGAUAAAAUGAAGACCAUUAGAGUCAUUUCCUCUGAACAAGACAUCUUUCAGUUACGUUCAAUGGGAACUUUUAGUAAAAACGCUUUCUGCAUGGCUUCUCUCAUUUUUUGAUAGAAAUCGUUUUUCAGUAGAAUAUUGAUUCAUUCAUGGCAUUUUGUGUUCCUCUCUUGUAUCCUCUACUACAGCGUAGAAAGUACUUUUUUGAGAAAAUGGUUAAGUUUAGCUUUUUGUGACAGUUUCUUUAAGUUCUUUAUUUCCUCGCUGUCUCGUGUUCUCUUUUUUAAGAGUUUUAAAUUAGCUGAUCUCAGUUAACUAUGAGAAUUGAUUGGUGCGCUUUGAAACGAAAAAAAAAACAUCUCAGUGUUAAGGCCUGUUUACAUGGAGUUGGGGACCCGAGAUAGGUGAGGUAACAUUAGGUGGGUCACCCCACCUAUCAUGUAAACGUGAUCAAGUUAAAAUGAUAGAUUAUAUGGACAGGCGGGUUACCCCACCUAAGCGGUUUACCUUACCUACAUGGGGUCCUCCGCUUCCAUGUAAAGAGGCCCUUAGAGGAAUGAAAAAAAAAAGAAGUCUACGUCCGGGUUGCUAGGCAGAAAAUAACAAUGGCCCAACAAGAAGAAAGCAUUAGUUUUCUAGCAACCAGUCACCAAAUCCUUAUUCAGCCUUCUUUUUAUUAAGUGAAUGUGCGAGCAGUAGUCUAAGAAACUGCCGAAAUAGAUAACGGAGACAAAUUCUGGAAAAAAAGUGGAUGAGUAUUGUUCGUCGCAUUCGUCUUUAGGGGGAAAGUUUCAAACAGCCGAGUCGUUGGUGCCGUCCUGGGCAUUCUCCCCAGGGGCGGAUCCAGGAAUUUUUGAUUCAAAACUUUGGUUCAGAUCAUAGGAGGGUACCCAAAAUCAAUUACAUUUUUGAAUAUCCCUGGAAUUUAGUUUAGUGGCUUAAUGCAGCUCGCGUUUCAUUAAAAAAAUCAGCCAGCCAAAAAGUGAUAUACGAUCUUGUCGAUGAAGAAUGUCAGUCUCAGUCAAACAAGCGUCAGGUCUGACAGAGGGGUUCGGACCCUCGGACCCUCCCCCUGGAUCCACCAAUGCUUCCUUCACAUCAUAUAGCUGGGCUGAAAACCAGGCCGGUUCAUUAAUUUUGAUUACCAUCUUAGGUUUGUACUUGAAUGAUCGACUCUUUUUUGCGUACGUAGUCAAUAGGCCAUUUGCAAUAAGAGGUCAUGUGACAUUGUUUUUAUGAAAAUGAAAGUUGUAUGAUGUUGUAUGAAAAACUACCAGCGGGUCAUAUCUUAAACAAAAUAAUAGUGAUUUGGUAGCUGCUGUGAUUCGUAGCUGCUCACGUGACCAAACUGUGGCUUUUAAAUGAAUUACCUCUUUCUGAACACAAAUUUUGCACUUAAACUUCAAAGAAAAUGUUGAAAAGAUGAUGUGGUAACGUUUACAGCAGAUCUGAGCGUAACUAUCAAGCGUUUAACAAGAUAUAAGUAAAAAGUAGUUUUGGCCGCCAUGUUGGAAGGCAAGAGUAUGCCCUUCAACAUGGCGGCCAGUACAAAUACUUUGUUGAAAAAUCAAAGUGCCAUGAAAUAUCUAUCUUAAAUAGGUUUCCUCUUAAAUGUCGGGUAUAAGAUAAUUUUUAUGUACUCUGUAAAUUUUUGGCUUCAGCAAGAUUCCAACUCAUUGUUUAAAGGAAGCAUUGGUCACCUGACCUCUUAGUGCAAGUGGCCUAUUGGACACCUGUUCAUAGAUUUAGUACUGCGUACCUUUCGCGAUUGUCUACCCAUAAUUUCGCCCAAGAUUCUUUGCAGAUUUUAAGACCAAAAUACAGGGUGCUACCUUUAUUUAGAUUUUUGUUUUGGUUUCAUAUAGUUAUACUGAAGGUUUUGAAUAUUAGUUUCUGUUAUGUGUAACAAAUUUCUAAUUAAUGUAUAAAAAAGUUUAUGUAUGUUUGUGUGUGUAAUGGCGGUCACAGGGCAUAGGGGUUCUCCAAGAGAGGCUCUAGUUAUAGUAAGGUAAUUAGUUUGUCUUUUCCUUUGUUGUUAGGUCCGCUUGAUGAAAGGGCUUUACCUACCCCAGGUAAACCAUCAUCUGAAGAACAGAAACAGGCUUUACAAAUUUCAUUUUCCGGGAUAAGUGCGGUGAGUGUUCAUACUCUUCUUAUGCAUGGGAAUGGAGCGGGAUCAGGAAGUACAAGAAGUACAGUAAAAAAAAUAAGCUUUGUUGGCUCUUCUUUGACAGUUCGCAUGGGGUAACCAAACUGAAGAAACGUUUAAAGAAGCAAUUGCGCAGGCUACUACAGAGUAUUGUACAAGAAACAAGACCAGCUGUGCUUUAAAGGAUAGACGCAGGUAAGGUCUUUUAAAAUAAUUGGCACAAAUGCAUGCAUUUACAAUGGUACAAAACAUAUGCGGCAGGUCGAAGGCAAGGCAAUUUUUUCCAUCCAUGAACUGUGUCAAUGAGAUUUUUUUUGUAACAACGAAAACAGUCAGUACUUUAAACCAACUUCGCCGAAAUUUUCGCUGUUUCCCUUCAGACAAAAGCUAGGCAAUAAACCGAGGCAACUGGAUGGAAAUUCGCCUUAUUGGACAAAAGGUUGUUUUUGGAAAAACUUUCUUUUGUCGAAAAGAUACUUUUUCUUCGGGCAAAAUUUCGUGGUUGAAACAUCUUUCACUAGAAUUCAUUCCGUCUCUUCCGGCGUUGCGUGACACUGGAGGGGCCAGAACUGGACUAAAUAAUCCGGCGUUCUGAAUUACUGAUUAAAGAAAAAGAACGAAUCUAUCUCAGCCAACUUUUUCGUUGAGCUAUUAGGAAAAAGACUUGCGUAAAAAAAUGGUUUUGACCCUCCAGAACUAAGUGCUGUGAGCCAAAGAAAGAUGCACGCUUUCAUAAACUAACGAAAUGAUUAAGAAAAGGGCAGGAAACAAUCAGAGAAUUUUUCGCCUGGUAGUGGUUAACAGACUGUAACCUUGUUUAAAUUUCUUUUUUUUCAUGGUCAAUUUCCGUAUCAUGACAUGAAAUAGGUGAGUUUUUAAUAAGAAAUUGACAUUUUUUUAAAUUGCACCACACUGUCAUGUCACUGUCGUUGAUAUUCAAUUCAGACAGAAGGAAGGUGUUAUCCACCUCGGCCUUUGGCCUCGGUGGAUAACACCCUCCUCGAUCUGCUUAAUUCUUCAUAUCUUACGAAAGCCGAAUUCAUUAAUUGCGAAAUAUUAAUAAUGAUAAUGAUAAUGAUAAUAAACUAUGAUACUAAAAUUUUUUUUGUUGUUUUUGUUUUUUUUCAGGCGAAUCCCUUCCUCAGGCGUUAAUUACACCGCUGACCAGGUUCACCUUCUGCCUGGUUACCCAAGUGGUAACUUGCCUGGUUUCCUUAAGGUGGCCUUUUACGUGCAGCAGCCACCAGGCCUGUCCAUUGGAAACUCGUCGGUGCUACCGCGAGAUACCUUGCUUGAUAUUGUACUAACUUACAAGUCUGAACUGGAGCGCGCUAUUGGGAUCAAUAUAUCAGAUGUAGAAUUUUGGUUGAAACCUUCAACUACACCAGGGAUAUCCCCAUCAUCACCUGUAAAUACAGAUAGUAAUGUCUGGAAGUGGAUAGUGAUCGGUGUCGGAGCUUUCCUAAUGUUAGUGCUAUUUGGGGUCUUAUUCAAGUGGUAAGAUAUAUGUUACUGAUGUACAUAGCCCAAGCACAAAUAUGCAUUAGGGGGAUUGCUAACUCUACUUAGCCCGGGCAAACCGGACCGGACUAUCGCAAAUGACCGGAAAAGCGACGUAAGCGUUUCCGAGGACUCUACUCCAAUAUAACAUCAAACGGGUAUGCUCGUCGGCGAAUAAGAAUCAAGCCCCUAAAUAUAAAGGAGACCGGGCUUAGCUCAGGUUUCUCAUCAUUAAAGGACACUCGAUGACGGCGUUUGUUUCUUUAAAAGAUAUUUAUUUACCCACAGCCCUAAGCUUAGCAUCCCACGAAGACGUUCUUUCGGUAACGAGGAGGUUUGUUGUGGGGGGUUGGUGACGCGUGACAAGGCCCUCACAAUAACCGCGUGAGUACCCUUAGCUAUAUUUUUAUGGGUGGGUAUUUUAUAACUCUCUACAUUGCUAAUAAUAAACACUUUAUCGACCAUCGCGCUGCUGUGGACACGUGACGUAAUUGAAAAUGGUCGCUAUCUUAGUUUUUUUGUUUUUUACUUAUUCAAAUGCAAAAUAGGUCGUCUAAAAACAUAGGGGGGCACGUAUAAAAUGUUGACAUUAAAACGCUUUUGGUAUUAUUAUUUUCCGACGAUCUUGAGUAUUCUUUUAAUAGUGUUUGUCAAUCUUUUUCUUAUUAGCUGGAGACGCAAAAAGAAUUCACGAGAGAGACCACGCUGGAUUUUUGCUUUCGACAAGCCGAGGAAGUCUAUGAAAAAUUACAGCAACGCAAACCGGGAGGUUAAUCGUGCCGCUGACAGUGCAUUGUAG